GAGAGAACGAGGUGUACAGGGUGAAUUCUGCGUUGAAGAAAAGAGGAAGAAACAGGGCCCUUUUCUCCCUAGAUUUACCUGUGGAAGGGAAUGAACAAACAGGCGAAAAAGAAGAUAAGGAACAACCUUGUCACUGAGCAUUGCCUCGAUUUAACGUGCCUCAAGUUCUGCCCUUGUUCUCCACCUCAAUAACAAGAAUCUCUCGCUCUCUCCACUUUUAAUAUCUGUUCAACGCCACUCAGGGGAGUUCAGUCUGACUGGAGAGGAACGGGCGUAAGAAAUCAUCAUAAGUAUUUGCCCUGCAGGAGGAAGACGUAUCUUUAAAGCCCCCACCCCUUCUUCCCCUGCUGUCUCUCCAUUAUGACCUUGCUGGCGUCUGAGAGGUCACUGCUCAUACGCAGUAAGUUUCGCUCAGUUCUGCAGUUGAGAAUACAGAACCGCAGACAGCAGAAUGAGCUUAAUGCAGAGUCUGGUACAAAGGCCUCUGUCCCUGAUAAAGUUGGGGAGAAAGAAGUCAGGAGUGGUUUGCGUCAGACUGAAGAUGGUGCCACUCAGAAGUCGCCCCCUAGUGGUCUGACUGCUCAAACUGCACCAGACAGGAGUUAUAGCAGAGCUCACAGGCAAAAGAAAGCCCGUCUGGUUGAAGAUCUGGGUGAGAAAAUCCAGAGUCAGCCUGGACCACUUGAAGUCCUGCAGAGGCAUAUUCUGCCUCUAGAGAACACCUCAGCUGCUUCAUUGCCAUCAGAUGUCUUUGAAGAUGACAACUCCUCUUCUGCCUCUGCAUCUCCCGAGCAACUCGGUAUGCACCAAUCUCCUGGCUUAUCAUCAUCACCUGGGCAAGGAGGUGACCAAUCGCUGAGUGAUACAUCAUCUGUUGCUACGCCCAUCAGCCCAAACAGUGUACAGCAGUGCAGAUUGGCGUUGCUCCCGGCAACCGAGUGCAUCAGCCAACCAAUGACCAUGACAGUAAUGGGGUCAAACUCCAUAUCAACAACUGGGAGACCCAAAGGGAUGUACAUGCCCUCCCAGACACCACCACUGCUGCCAAAGACAGCACAGCCAUCAGCUGCACCUUCUCAUUCCAUUCUGGGUGGGCCCUUAACUUCAUCCCGCCCUCCACGGCCACGAAAGCCUCGCGAUUCAAAACCUAAAAUGAGGAAGUUGAAAUACCAUCAGUACAUUCCCCCAGAUCAAAGGACUGGGACUGGAAGCGGAGCCGGAAGUGCUACACAAAAGCAUAAUAACAGUCAGGCUCAGCUCACUGAUUCCUCUUACUCCCACCUCUUGCAACAACAGCAGGUGUUCUUACAACUACAAAUUCUUAACCAGCAACAACAGCUCCCUGUGACAAACAGUGAGAACCAUAUGAAGAUUUCUGGAACUACACCUCAAAGUUCCCCUCAGUCUGGAACACCAUCAACAAACCCCUCUACUCCUGAUACAAGUCCCACCCACCAGGCAGAGUUACUUCCCUUAAACCUUGAUGACUUAACGGUCUCAGUUCUUCGCCAGCAACUGCGGAAACGUGGACUCCCAGUUUCUGGCACGAAGCCUGCACUAUUAGAGAGACUCCGUCCUUUCCAGAUGCCUCGUCCCCCAUUAACACCUGUGCCGCUUUGCCAGCUAGGGGCCACACAGGAACCCUCCCACCCUGCCAGCCUCAACCGAAUCUCUACCAGCAUAGACACCUCCGCCAACCCUGCUCCAGUGUACAUCAACCCUUCGGGUUUAGUAGAGCAAAGCUUAGGUAGUGAUAGUUACCUCACUUCUUCUUCUGCUGGCUCCAGCCCCACCUUACAUAGCUCCUCCCCUCCAAUGCCCUCUGGUACUACGUGGAGGCCAGGUCAGGCAGUAGAUGAACUUAGUGUGGAGCUGGAAAUGAGAGAGAGGAUGAGGAGCAGACCCAGAGAAGGAGCAAAGGACACUCAGCUGUGUGAAAGUUCCCUUCAUCCGUUCCUGCAACAGGAGCCAGGAUGCACCAGAGGGAAACCAGACACUGGUGGACAGGAACUGCUCUUCACGUACUGCACUGGUGAUGGAAAAGUGAACUGCUGCCAGCUCUGUGAUGUGAUUGGUCAAGACUUUGAUUUGCCCAUGCAAAUCACUGCCAGUCCAGCACAAGCAUCACCUACUGUCCGGAGUCUGGAAGAGGAACUACAGGAGGCCAUUCAAAGAGUGCAGAUGGACACCAGUCAAUCCAUAGAUGACAUUUUGGACGAGACUAUUAGUUGUUCAGAUAACUCUUUACUGAUCACAGAUGUCCAGUCAGCCACUAACGUCCUUUCAGUCUCUUCCCCUGGCCCACAGCCUGACCAAUCACAGUCCACCAAGCGCCAAAAAGACGACAACUUCCUGUCCUCUCCUCUGUGCUCUUCGCUUCUUUUAGAGCUUCCUCCCUCACCUAACAAUGCUCCACCCCUCAGUUCAACCCCAGCUCCCCUUCCUCCUCCCCCCAUCUGCACCACUCCACCAUCUAGGUCACUGUCCAGGAAAAGAAGGUCAGAGGUUCCUGCUUUUGACCCUGCUGAUUGGCUGGAGUCCUUGACCUCUGGCCUGCACCCGCUGACGCCACCCACCGCCCCGUUUCUAGAGAGCAGUUCUGGCCUUGACUCAGACCUGAACAUCAACAGAGUCCUCGACCUGAUGGUGGAGCAAUGGUGAGGAAGGGGCCGUAAUGUGUGUCUAUAUGUGCGUAUGGCUAAUUGGAUGCAUGAUUGGAAAUUAACCAACUUUCAAAUCGUGUACCUUCGAGAGAAGACCCCUCAUCCUUUCAUUCGUUCCUCUGUUUUUGCAUCCAUUAAUCUCUGUCAACUGAUGUGACCAAACAGAUCUGACUGGUGUUGACUGCUAACCUCUACUCCACGCAAUGUCGAGAGAAAGAGGGAAAUGGAAAAGGAGAUAUGCUUUGGUAACUCAUACAGAAAGAUCCACAAAGAGCAUGUGCACAUAUGCCACACUUUCGCAAUGACUUGUAUUUUUAUAAAAGCUUUAAAAAUGGAAAAAGAAUAUAUUAUACAAAAAAAGUGGGUUUCUCCGUUGAUUUGCCUCUUGCUUCAGUGCCAGACAAACUAUCGGCAUGUGGCAAGUGUGUGGAGCAGCGGGAGCUUCAAACAAUCUGUGUGUAUUUGCAGGGAAGUGUAUGCGCUCCCUGUAUGUGUGAGCACGCUUCUCUUGGCUGCUUUAUCUGUGUGUGUGUUGGUGUUGGUGCAUACACACUUGCCAGCAUGUUCUGUAUCUACAAUUUCAAUGCACCAUAAAUGAGGUGCCUAAAGCAUCCACUUGUUUCUGUUUAUACUGGUGUACAUUUUUCCAUUUAGUUUCAUGUUAUGUUAUGCUUUGUCUGGACUAGUGCAUCAUGGGACUGAUGUUAACCCAAAAGCAUUGGCCCAACAACAGAAAAUAAUUCUGGUCUGAGGCCAGUAUGCACCUUCAGCGGGAUUGAAACCACAAAUUAGGUUGGGACCUUAGGAGAAUGUGUUUUAAAAAAGCCUAAUGUAAUUAAAUCAGAAAAUAUAAAGGUAUUUGAGCUGAUUGAUCAGCCUGGCCAGAAAACACUGUGCAAAGUUAAAGAAGUUAUCUUUCAACCGCUACUCAUUAAAUUUUCUUAAUGGGACCCAUAUAACAUCAUCUACCAUUGUUGUUUACAGACAUUUGACCUUUUGACUGGCCAAUGCUUUUAUGCAUUUCUCUGGACAAUGCAGUACAUUACUGCUUCCAAGAAAGGGCACAUGAAAACAACACAUUUAAAUGUCCAAAGAAAGUGAAACAUGAAAUCUUUAUUCUGUUCCAGUCUUAUACAGGUGCAUCUCAAUAAAUUAGAAUGUCGUG